AUGGGCUCAUUUGAAGUACUCCCAGUUGAUAUCCUGCAGCUGAUUGCUGAAAAGAUAGCUCAUCACGUAGACGUGCUUCGUUUUGCUGCUGUUUGUCGGAUAUUCCGCUCCAUCAUCCACGAUAACCUUCACUUGCUUCCACCAAAAUUACCGCUGCGCCUCUGUGUCCUCCCCAAUAAACCCCCUCCCCUACCGCUGUUAAUGCACUGUCACGAUAACGAGUGGGAGAACGUAAGCUUUUUUUCUAUUUCCGACGGAACGAACUACGGUGAUUUUCUUUUGCCGGAGAUGAGAAACAAGUAUCUCGCCGGAUCCGGUCAUGGUUGGUUGUUCACGGUGGAUAUCCAAGGUCGAGGCAUUCAGCUGUUGGAUCCAUUAACCAGGGCUCAAAUCCCUCUCCCAUCUCUUGAUGCGUUCCAACACCCUAAAGGUGGUUUUGAAAGUCACGAAUUCAAUGAUUUCGGGUUUAUAGAUAAGGCCAUUAUACUGUCAAAUCCUUCGAGUAAGAGAAGAAAUUUGGACGACGAUGACGGCCGCAUGUUAGCCAUGUCAAUCAUCUCCAAUUUACGCGUGCUGUCAUUUUGUAGGGUCGGGGAUGACGAGUGGACUAAUGUAGAGGAUUCUCUGAUUCACAUCCAAGAUGUCAUACGUUACAAGGGUCAGGUUUAUGCUAUUGAUUAUCAAGGCUUAGCCGUUGUUUGUGAUUUCGCACAGAUUGCGAAUUCACCAUACUAUGUAGUUAACUCCCACAGAUAUCUGGUUGAGUCGACAUAUGGAGAUCUGCUGCAAGUUGUAAGAGAGAUCAAUAAUAGAGGAGAUGAUGAUGAUUAUGAAGAUGAUGAAGGUAAUAGUACCACAUAUAAGUUUCUUGUGUACAAACUCGAAGCUGUUGAAAAGCCAGUUAAGCCUAAAGAAGAUCCGGCCUACUGCAUGACCGUCAAGAAAAGGGUCCCAAUGAGACAUAAAUUCAACUUUAAAUGGGUCAAGGUUAAAAGCUUGGGCGAUCAAGCUUUGUUCUUGGGUAAGAACAAUUCACUUUGUGUACGAGCAUCAGAGUACCAAGGAUGCAAGCCAAAUUGCAUAUAUUUUACAGAGCAGGAGAUGUACGGGCACACGAGCAUUGCCCGAGGAUUUCUAGAAGACGUCGAAGUAGACUCUAUUUGUGACAUGGGCAUAUAUGACUUUGAAGAAGAAAGCUUUCAAGAUUUUAGCGAACUCAAACUCAGGAUUGACAGCAAUAUGAUGUUUAUUGUUUGUUCUUAUGGUGGGCAAAUUAAUUAUGGGAUGAAUAAUAUGCCAAAUGUACGUCGCGAGGGUAACGACGCCAUUAAUGAUUCUCGGAAUCAUAUAGUUACUACGACUUGGUUAUGGAAUUACAGCGAGUUUACGGAAAUUGACCCCACGAGAAUACCGGCUGAAAUUAUAUGCAAUUGGCGCACUAGCUAUUGA